ACACGCUUUGGUGUACAAGUCCAGCGCUAUCACACAAAGGAAAAAGCACUUGUACGUUGACGGAAGGCUCAUAUAAAUGGAACUCGUGAACAUCCUAAGUCGCCAGCAAAACCAACACUCUUGUCGCUCAGCCUCGAAGGUCGAGCCGCAUCUAUGAAGCCCCAAAUAGACAUGGCGUAGAACAAUCGGGCGCAAAGAUGCGUUCGAAAUAUCGGAUUGGGGCUCUUCAAACUAUUCCAUGUGACACAACAAUUCCAAGCAUGGCCAGCCAAGCCACAAAUUGCCUUUAAGUAAGACAACGUCCCGUGGACAUGCGACUUCCCGAGCUGCUGUGAAAGCAAUCAUGCCAGGAUUUGAUCCCACAGCCUCAUUGAACUGCUGAUCAACAUAGGCCAAAUCAUGUAUGCGACCCGACCUGCAACGUUAAAGUCCUCGGGGUCGAAAAAUCUACCGGCUUUACCAUGAGGCUCUCGGAAAAUGGGAAAACAAAGGGGAUCGUCAAGAACAUCAAGGAAUAACUUUCCGCUUCGGGCGCAGUGGGGUUUCCCAUCUGCACGAUGUCAAUACCCACCACUCUUGUCCUACCUAUGGUUCGCUGCCAACAAGUGAACUUUCUCCUGACAAUAUCGCUUGUUCCGGGGACUAUGGGUACAUGCAGUAGUGCAAACUUCUGGAUGUCUCGUGAAUCCGCGUUACAUUGACAGCCGGCUUUAAAUACUAGAGGCGGGUCAACCUUUCACGAGAUCCUUCUAUUCUCCCCCCUUUGAAAACUGAUUGCCUUGAGUCGAUAUUUGAAAGACAUGACUUGCAACAUUUUACUCUUGUUGCUGUGGACCACCGCCGUUCUGGGACUCGGGUGGAUAGGGCCGUACGAAACCAUCUCUGCAACUGCCACGGCCAAUUGGACUCCAGCACCGACGAAAGAAGCACACAAGUUGAUCGGAAGAGGUGUCCAUCCAGCCAAUCUAUGUGGCGCGCAAGGUCCAGAUUAUGUACUGGCAUAUUGCGGGUCGAAAUCGUAUUGUGCUUGGUUCACAGAUAUCAAAGUUGUCGGGUGCUGUUCUAGUGGAGGAGCAUCCUGUGAUGCUGUGUAUACAUCGUGUAUAGACUUGAGGGAUGAUUUUCCUGAUGGCGAAACUGUUCCUGGAGUAUUCACUUGCACAAAUCUCUGCUACAAGAACAGCUUUCCCGAUGGAUAUUACCAAUACGGCUGUGGCAGUACAUCGAUUGGGGAGUCUGUCGUUUAUCGUUGGCCAGGGGACAACCCAGAUGUGUCCAUUGACUUUCUGUAUACUGGAGACGCUUUCAAGGAGAAUACAGCUACUGCUGUUACCAUUGCAGCCGAUACUGCGAGCCCUGAAGCUCCGGACAUCCCCACGACGUCAGCUAAGCCAACAUCAAGUUCCAAGCAAACACCCACGAGUCAAACGACGAAAGAUCCGCCUUCAACAACAAUUCCAGCAGGAGGCUCGACCAUCCCGGCCACAGGAGCAGGAGCUUCUUUUCUGAAUUCGCCCUCGGCAUCGAGCACGAGCAUAGCUUCAUCCAAUAUCACUGGAGCAGCAUCGACAGGCCAAGAUGGGGGUCUGUCCACAGGUGCCAUGAUUGCGAUCGGAGUUGCAGCAGGUGUUGUCGCCGUAGUCGCAAUCCUGUUGCUUGGGUUCUGCUGCCAUCGUCGGCGCAAGAAGCAGACAGAUUCAAAUCACUUCCUCAACACUCCUGCUGAUCAGCUGGUUGCUCAAUAUGAACAGCCGGCCAUGGGAACUAGAACCAAUCCCACGGAGUUGUACCAAGGCCUGCCCAUGAAGAAAGAAGAGACACAGUAUCACGUACUGACAACGAGAGAAAGUUCCCCAUAUGCAAGAGAGAGCGGUCAAACCAACUCAACUGCACCUUCAUAUGAACUUGCACCUUCGAACGAGCCUGUCCGACAAGCAUCGCCCCAAAGUAUAAUGAGUACAGGAACCUUCCCUUCAGGAUCUCCAUAUCCAACAAGCACUGUACCGACUCCAAAUAUGCCGCAAUACCCACACAUGUACGAACUACCAACGAGCAGGGCGGCUAGAAUACCUGAGCUGGACAGUUCCGAAGCCCAGGGACCUGGAGUUCAUACCUCGCAUGGUUGGGGCUGA